AUGUCCGCGACAGCUUCUGGCUCCGAUGCCAGGGCAAACGGCUCUGCCCAUAACCGAGAACACAAUCAAGGGAACCAAGAGCGAAAAUGGACCCCUCAACAGAAGGCCGAAGUGAUAAGAAUACGGAGAUGUAGUCCCACAGCUUUCUACGAGAUCCUGGCGAUCGAGAAAACAGCAAGCGACGGAGAGAUUAAAAAGGCCUACCGAAAAAUCAGUUUGUUGACACAUCCGGAUAAAAAUGGAUUUGAGGGUGCCGAUGAGGCGUUCAAGAUGGUCUCUCGCGCAUUCCAAAUACUGUCAGACGCCGACAAGAAGUCGAAGUACGAUCAGUUCGGUGGCGACCCCGAUAGCCGCUUUUCCAGCAGUGGUGCUGCAAGCGCAGGAGCGAGUCCCUUUAGUGGCUUUGCGCGAUCACCUGGCAGAGGGCCCAUGUAUGAAGACGAGAUAUCGCCGGAGGAAUUGUUCAACAGGUUCUUCGGCGGUGGCAUGGGACCUGGGUUCCAGUUUGGCGGCGGCUUCGGGGGUCCUCAGUUCGUCUUUAAUAUGGGCGGCGGUCCUGGAUUCACAGUACAUCGCAUGGGAGGCGGCAGACCGCGAGGCAGGCCGAGAGAUGCUCAGUCGGACACUGCACCGACAGGCCUUUCAGCGUUGACACAACUAUUACCGCUACUACUGCUCUUUGUUCUUCCGCUGCUGUCAUCGUUCUUUACGGGGUCCUCCAAUUCCGGUCCGCAUGUUCGAUACGAUUCCCCCGUUUCGCCACACACGAUGCAUCGAGUGACACCCAGGUACAACAUUGAUUAUUUCUUGAAUCCGGCGGAGGUAGAGGGAUAUACAUCAAGACAGUUCAGCGCCCUAGAUCAACGGGCGGAGGUGGAUUAUGUCUCAACUUUGAAGUAUCAAUGCGAAAAUGAGGUACAGCGGCAGCGGCACGAGAUCAACGAAGCAACGGGUCUUUUCUUUACAGAUGAGAACAGGUUAAAGAGGGCCAGGGAAAUGACAAUGCCCGGCUGCCGCCGGUUGGAUGAGUUGAAAGUAAAUCGGCAGUACUAG